GUAACGUGGACGAUGGUGGUGGGGCUGUGACAGUGUUAAGUGUAAACUAAACAUUGUGUUAAAUUCAGACAUACAUUCUACAGCUUUCAGCCGUUAUGUUCAGAAAAGUUAUAUUCUAGCAGCUAUCAUAUUAUAUAUCAUAAUUGCUAGUUAAUAUUCAGUUACGAGCUGGACGAGAAAGAGUAAAGUUAAUUAAGUAAACAACUAUCAAGUAAGAUAUUAAUUAUCGUGUAUUAUUUAGAAUACUAAAAUUGCGUGUAGCAGCAGAAUGACUUCGUUCUCGAAAGGUGGUUCAGAAGACCAAACCUACACACAUUUAGACCUUAGCGGGAAACUCAUCAUAAAGGCUCAACUUGGAGAUGAUGUACGUAGAAUCCCUAUUCAUAAUGAAGCUAUAACAUAUGAUGAACUUGUACUGAUGAUGCAGAGAGUAUUCAGAGGCAAAUUGAGCAGUUCUGAUGAAAUUUUACUUAAAUACAAGGAUGAAGAUGGUGAUCUAGUAACAAUCUUCGACAGUUCAGAUCUCGCUUUUGCAGUACAGUAUAGCCGGAUCCUGAAACUACAAGUGUUAGUAGGUGGUGAGGCAACAUUACGCACUAAAGGCUUACCUCCAUCUCAGGUAUCAACAGUGAGAAAAGAACUGCAGGAGAUUCGUGACCGGGUGAAUUACCUGCUGGACACAAUUGAGCCCCGUACAGUUGAAGUCACUUCAUCCACAAGUGACUCACGAACUGGUCAGCAUGAGAUGAACAAUCCCAACCCGAAUAUCAGUUCGCGAGAGUUUGACCCUCUGCAACAGGCACAUCAGAAAGCUGCUGAGAGUGGCCAGGUUGUCAAGGAUGAGGUUUCGCAACAGCCACACCCUCCAGUAGACGGUUCAUUGCCAGAUGGUGGACGUGGCAGCACGCCAGAUAGCUUGGGCAGCGCUGGGUCACGGCGAGUCUCCUCAGCAUUUCCUGAUAACCAGCAGUCUACCCCACAACCACCACCUCAGACUGGCUUUCAGCCAAUAAAUUCUGGUCAGCCACAACAAAUGUACCAGUCUCUCCCACCUGACCAUCAGCAGCAACAGCCUCAGCAGCAACAGCAGCAGCAACAACAACCACCACUGCAGCAGCAACAGCAGCAGCAGCCCCAGCAAGGUGGACAGCCUCAGCAACCUUUCCAACCUCAGAAUUACCCACGUUACCCUGUGGCAUUUGUUGGUGGGCCUGUAAUGGGACAGCAGCAACCACCUCCACACAUGAUGGUGCAGGGUGCUUCAGGUCAGCAGCCAGGAGUGCCACAGAAUGCUUAUCAGCCAUCAUACCAGUACCCCUCUGUACAAACGUAUGCAGGUGCUCCCCAAAGUUCUGGUGGGCCUCCAGCAGUUGUUAGUGGUGCUUCACCUGGUCCUCGACCUCAGCAGGGCCCUCAGUCAUUUUCAGGGCAAGAAUAUGGUCAGCAGCAAGGUGGAUACAUGCAGCCACGUUUCAUGCAGCAGUCUGCUGCUGUUGGUGGAAAUCCUUACAGCAAGGGUAGUGCCUAUAAUCGCCCAUCGUCGCAGCCAGGCUAUCAAUAAAUUGUCUAUGUUUUUGGCUCACAUACUGUAUUGCAGCACGUUCCUAUUAUAAAAUUGUUUAUUAGUUGGGCAUUUUUUCCUUGCAAUGUAUGUGCAAUUAUGCUCAGUAAUUAUGUCCUGCAUGUACAGUAUAGUCCCAAUAAAAUUGUUUAAUAUGUUUAGAUUUUAUACUACUGCAUGUAUAAGCUCUAUUUUUGCUUGUAUCUGCAAAAGAAGAUUACUAAUAUAGUUAUAUGUCAUGUAAUUAGGUUUUACGAUUGAACUUGAUACAUUGCUGAUGUAUUGAAAUUUUUCAUAACAUUGAGUAACUUCCUGUUAAUUAGUAAACUAUAUUCCCAUUACUGUAUAGUUUUUUUCUAAAGAUGAGUGAAAAGUGAAUAAUUCAGAAAGGCAAAAUGCUUAUUUUGCAUUACAACUUGAUUACCCUGAAACUUAUUCUCCUCCGACAUACCUUGCAACGAUAUUACCAAGGAGACCAUAGUGUAAGGUCAUUGAUGAAUGUAGGCCUUCUGCACAUCAGUUGGGUAGAAGUAAUUUGCUCCUCAAUUUUGAAUAACAGUAUCACCCUUAUGCAAAAGUAACUGGUCUAAAAAAUAUGCUUUUUAAUUAAUAACAUAGCUUUUUGGAUGUCGAUAAAAUGAAUUCAAAAUCAACAAUGCUGGAAAAGACAGAUUUCUGUAAAGACAUGUUAAGUUGCAGACAGGAAAAACUAAGCUUUCGCCCACAGCCUUCAUCAGUAAAAGAAAGACACACACGAUUCAUACACACAAGCAAGCACACCUCUGCACACAAUUGCCAACUCCAUCAUCUCAGGCCGGAACACAACUAUUGUAAGAAAAGUGCAAAUGUCAGCAUUUUGGGUGAGUUUUUGUUAUAUGGGUAUUAGGCUGUAGUCUAAUGCAAGUUCCUGUGCCUAGUGCUGAAAAGUAUCUAGGCUAUAAGGAUGCAGUUAGAGUUUUCAAAUUUAAACAACUUAAGUUUGAAAAUUGUCUUUAUAGACUGCGAUUAUUUUUCUAUCAUUGUGAGAGUAAACAUUAGGUGCAAAACCUGCCUUAGACCACAGUCUAAUACUGACAAAGUCUGCAUUGUAUGUAACAUUUGCUUACCCUGUAAGCUACUUUAAGAUUGUGUAAUAAGUGUAAUAUAAAUUUUGUUGCUAGCAGAGACGUUUUGUGCUAUAACAUUUAUUAUAAUUUAUGUUGAAAGGUGCUGAAUAUUAGUAAUAUUGUAAAACAGGCCUACAUAGCUUAAAUAAUGUGGACUACCAUUUCUCAUUUAAGCUAUGAAGUGAAAUUCUUGGUGGCAGCUACUUUAAUGAUGACCACCACAACUUGCAGUAUAUGAUGCAAUGAUGCAGCAGACUUGACAUUAACAUGAAAAAUGUGUAAUAAUUGUUAUUUGAUAAAUAAAGUACAAUUUUUGUA